CAGGCAGGGUGGAGGAGAGAUGAUGAGACUGCAUGAUUCUGUGGACCACUGCAUCAAACCGGAGCACUCCUAUUGGCUAAGAACGGACCGGGGAUGUUGAGAUGCUGCAACGUCAUCUGACCACAGCGAGGCGUUAUACUUGGGCUAUCUCACCGACCCUACGCCAAUGAAACGUAGCUGUUCCCGAGACAUAACAUCGCAGAAGCACGUUGACUCGGCGGUGAAGACACAAGAAAGCUAGUCUGUUACAACAACAACUCCACCAUGAGGGAAAUCGUGCACAUCCAGGCCGGGCAAUGCGGGAAUCAGAUUGGCGCAAAGUUCUGGGAGGUGAUAAGUGACGAACAUGGGAUAGACCCCACCGGCAGCUAUCAAGGUGACAGUGAAUUGCAGCUAGAGAGGAUCAGCGUGUACUACAAUGAAGCUUCCGGCAGUAAAUUCGUCCCUCGAGCCAUUCUGGUGGACCUGGAGCCUGGGACCAUGGACUCAGUUCGCUCGGGUCCGUUUGGGCAGCUGUUCCGACCAGACAACUUUGUAUUCGGUCAAAGUGGAGCUGGGAACAACUGGGCUAAAGGCCACUACACGGAGGGCGCUGAGCUGGUGGACUCGGUUCUGGACGUAGUUCGUAAGGAGUCGGAGAACUGCGACUGCCUGCAGGGCUUCCAGCUCACCCACUCUCUGGGAGGGGGCACGGGUUCCGGCAUGGGCACCCUCCUCAUCAGCAAGAUCCGCGAGGAGUACCCCGACCGCAUCAUGAACACCUUCAGCGUCAUGCCCUCGCCCAAAGUGUCCGAUACCGUGGUGGAGCCCUACAACGCCACGCUGUCUGUGCACCAGCUGGUCGAGAACACAGACGAAACUUUCAGCAUCGACAAUGAAGCUUUGUACGACAUCUGCUUCCGCACGCUCAAACUGACCACCCCGACCUACGGCGAUCUGAACCACCUGGUGUCCGCGACCAUGAGUGGGGUCACCACCUGCCUGCGUUUCCCCGGGCAACUCAAUGCCGACCUCCGCAAGUUAGCCGUCAACAUGGUACCCUUCCCCCGCUUGCACUUCUUCAUGCCCGGUUUUGCCCCACUGACCAGCAGGGGGAGCCAGCAGUACCGCGCUCUUUCCGUGCCCGAGCUCACCCAGCAGAUGUUCGACGCCAAGAACAUGAUGGCGGCCUGCGACCCCCGGCACGGUCGCUACCUCACCGUGGCAGCCAUUUUCCGCGGCCGCAUGUCCAUGAAGGAAGUGGACGAGCAGAUGUUGAGCGUGCAGAACAAAAACAGCAGCUACUUCGUGGAGUGGAUCCCCAAUAACGUGAAGACCGCCGUGUGCGACAUCCCUCCUCGCGGCCUCAAAAUGUCCGCCACGUUUAUCGGCAACAGCACUGCAAUCCAGGAGCUGUUUAGGCGCCUCUCCGAGCAGUUCACCGCCAUGUUUCGACGAAAAGCCUUCCUUCACUGGUACACCGGAGAGGGCAUGGAUGAGAUGGAGUUUACCGAAGCUGAGAGCAACAUGAAUGAUCUGGUUUCCGAGUAUCAGCAGUACCAAGAUGCCACGUCAGAUGAGAUGGGAGAGUACGAUGAAGAUGAGAUGGACGAUGAAGAAGAAGUUCGUCAAGACGUCCGCCAUUGAUCACAAACCCACGACUUUCGGAAUAUCGCAAAAUAAACAUCUGUGGACUGUGCAAUAAUUAGCAAAAAGUGAUUGUAUGCAGUAUUACGAAGAAGCCUAACUGUUAAGCAUUUAUUAUUUUAAAGGUAAUUCAACAUGGCUGAAGUGUAAUAUUUAAGCAAGUGACUGGUUCAAGCUUUGCCAAAUUAACUGGUGUCUUGUCUGCGAUACAGUUUUGUAACCUUCAGUGAACAUGUUCUCUCUGUCAAAUCAUGUGUCAAAUAAAUCA